GUAUUCUGAGCUUCACCUUUCUAUCUUCCUUACCUGUUCGCGAAUAUUCUAUCUUUGCACAUAACCAAACCAUUUUAAGCGAUUCCCUUUUAUCUUUUCCUCAAUAUUUGCAAUUCUUAAAUUCGUUUGCAUAUCGUUUCGAAUUCUAUCCCUUAGUAAAUGCCUAGUAAUCCAUCGAAACAUUCAAAUUUCGCUACUCCCAUCUUUUUACUAUGAUCAUUUCUUAAAGCCCAACAAUCUGAACCAUAUAGUAGCACCGAUUUAAUGACCGUUCGAUAAAACUUGCUCUUUAACUAUAAGGGCACAGCUCAAUCACAUAAUAUCCCAGUAGCAGCAUUAAGUGUAUGCUCACAUUUUGUCGAAUAACCCCACCACUCUAGAUAAUAGAUUCAAGGUAUUUGAAGCAUCCACUUGAAGUAAUUUCUUUCUCUUCUAGCUUUGUAGUGCUACUCUUUAUCGCGCUUAUGCUAAAAUUACUUUCCAUGCAAUUUGUCUUAUUCCAACUUAAUUUGUAUCCCCAUGACUCCGAUUAUUGUCUCCAUCAUUCUAACUUAUCAUUUACCCCCCGUCUCUGGUCUCUUCUACUAUAAUAAUGUCUACUAUAAUAAUGUCAUUAGCAAACAACAUGCACCAAGGCACAUCUCCUUGUAUCGAUCGAGUUAUCUCAUCUAGGACUGAAAUGAAAAGGGCUUAGAGUCGAGCCCUAAUGAAAUUUAAUUGUGAUUGGAAAAUCCUUUGUUUCACCUCCACAUGUACUAACAUUUGUCUUUAUUUUUGAUACAUAUCUUACAUUAUAUUAAUAUAUUUCUUGGGAAUACCCUUCUUUGUCAUUGCCCAUCAAAGUACUUUUCUUGUUACGUUGUUGUAUGAUUUUUUUCAAGUCAAUAAAAAUCAUGUCCAAGUCUCUUUUUCUAGUCUAUUACUCCAUUCGUCUCAUAAGAUGAAUUGAUUUCAUUGUAAAUCUACCUGACAUAAAUUAAAGUUGGUUCACUGAUGUAGAGGUACAUCUCCUUAUAUAUAUGACUUAUGAGUUUUAUUCCUUGAUAGUUAGAGGCUUAGAGCAAUCUUGGAUAUCCCCUUUAUUCUUGUAAAUAGGCACUAGAGUAUUUCUUCUCCAGUCAUUAGACGUCUUGUUUGUCCACCAAAUCCUGUUAUUUAGAUCAGUUAACCAAGUGUUUCCAAUCGUUUCCAGGCAUCUACAUACCUCAAUAGGUAUACCAUCUGGUCCAGUCUCUUUCUUUAGCUUCAUUUUCUUGGACGCUCCAUCCAUUUCUGAUUUUUGUAUUUAUCGCGGAAAUUAUCUAUUUUCAUCUAAGGGAGUGAUUGUAACAUGUCCUACAACAUUUCCUUAUUCUCUAUUAAAUAGCUCAUUAAAAUACUCCCUCUAUCAAUCCUUUAUGUUCUUGUCCAAACCUAGAUAGUUCUUAUCCUUAUCCUUAAUAUUCUUCACUACACCCUUGUCAUUAGUUUUUGCUUCCCUACUCUUAGCCAACCUAUAUACAUCUUUUCCUCCUUUAGAUUCUAGUUUGUCAAAUACCACUUUAAUACCUUUUAAUUUCGCCUCAUGGAUAACUACUUUUGUCUUGACUUUGAUUUCCUUAUACAUGGCUAAAUUUUCCGCAUAUCUAGAUUUUCCCAAUCCGAGAUAACAUUUUUUUUCUUUUCAUUGAUAAGUGUCUUAACCUGCUUAUUCCACCACAUUGUAUUCUUCUUUACCACGAAACUACCACCUGAUUCUUUUAAAAUCUCGUUACAUAUUCAGAUAAUACAAGUGUUCAUCUUUGUCCACUUAUUGUCAGCAUCCAAAGUCAUCUCCCAAUCUACUUCUUCAAUAACUUUCUCAGCGAAAACUUUAGCAUUAUCCUCUGUCUACCUCCACCAUUUAAUCCUAUGUUCUUCUUUGGCUUUUUUACCUUUGAUCUUUCUUGAAUGCGAACAUCUAGGAUAAGAAGUUGUGAUGGAGGACAAGCUGAAAAGGAGUUCAAAGUUGAAGUGGAAGCAAUUGGACGUGUUCGACAUAAGAAUUUAGUCAGAUUGCUCGGUUAUUGUGCUGAAGGAGCUCAUAGGAUUCUGGUGUAUGAGUAUGUAGACAAUGGGAACUUGGAACAAUGGCUUCAUGGAGAUGUGGGAUCUCUUAGUCCUCUUACCUGGGAUAUUCGCAUGAAUAUUAUGAUAGGGACAGCGAAAGGAUUGACUUACUUGCAUGAGGGGCUUGAGCCUAAAGUUGUUCACCGAGACAUUAAGUCAAGUAACAUAUUGCUUGAUAAACAAUGGAACCCGAAAGUAUCUGAUUUUGGCCUAGCAAAGCUCCUGGCAUCAGAGAGAAAUUAUGUGACAACACGUGUGAUGGGAACUUUCGGCUAUGUUGCUCCAGAAUAUGCCAGUACGGGCAUGUUGAAUGAAAGAAGUGAUGUGUAUAGCUUCGGGAUCCUUUUGAUGGAGGUCAUUUCGGGGAGAAAUCCUGUGGAUUACAGCCGUCCACCCGGAGAGGUGAAUGUUGUUGAUUGGCUCAAACAAAUGGUAUCAAGCAGAAAUGCAGAAGGUGUGUUGGACCCUAAACUACCCGAGAAGCCUUCUUCCCGAGCAUUGAAGCGUGUCCUGCUAGUGGCUUUACGUUGUGUAGACCCAAAUGCACAAAAGCGUCCAAAGAUGGGUCAUAUUGUACAUAUGUUAGAAGCUGAAGAGCUUCCUUUUCGUGAUGACCAUCGAACUACAAGAGAGCACGGGAUUUCAGUGCUUAGAACCGCAAGAGCUAAGCUAAUGGAUAAUCUAGCAAUCGAAUCAGGUGACAGCAGUGGAUACGAAAGUGGCGUAUCAAUUCCUAGAUUGCCGUGGAGAAAGCAGGAAACUGUGGAAGAACACUAAAUGUUUGAGGUUUGUAUAGGUUUUAGCUACUGAUCAGAUGUUUGGUUGUUUAGUUAUAGGCGGCUGCUACUGCAGUCCAACACCAAUUUGGAAGUCUUGUACAUGUGUGUGUGGUAGGAUCAAUGAAGAUGGUCAGUAAAUUUCACUGAAAACAUUCCAUGUUUAGUUUACUGCAUACGUCCCAGAGAAACCUUUCACGAAAAAUAAUAUCCGUAGAUUGACAAUAAUACUAAAGCCUUGAUCC